UCGAGACAGCAGUUGUACCCGCUGCUUAUAUGUUGUGUCCACUGCAUGUUUCCCAUUUUCGUCUACAGCUCAUCAAACCCAUUUCAAUUGCUCAAUUACUUACCUUUUAAUUCUAUUUACCACAAACCUCGUUUGAUUCCAGUUCCUUUUUUUCUUUUUCAAGAAAAUUUGCUCUGUAAUUUUUUUGCCCAUUGAAGCUUAGUGGGAAAUUCAAUCAAGUCAAUGGACAAAGAGGUGCCAUUCUCAUAAGUUCAAAUAUAGCAAGAAGGAUUGGUGAAUGGAGCAUUGUUAUGGAGAAGAUGCUGAAAUAACUGAAUCAGAGAUUGAAGACUAUAAAGAAAAAUCAUAUGAAGAGUUGAGGUGUGGAAAUCAAUCUUUUAAGAUAUCAGAUGUGGCUUACACUUGUCCCUAUUGUCAAGAGAAAAGCGGGCGCCACCUUUUCUAUGAAGAUCUCUUGCAGCAUGCAAGUGGAAUAGGAAAGUCUAAAAUACGAACUGCAAGAGAUAGGGCCAACCAUCUUGCAUUGGCCAAGUAUUUAGAAAAUGAUGUAGCAGGUGCUGCUAUUCCAUCAAAAUCUAAUAAAGAGUUGAACAGUGGAAAUCACUCUUUCAGGAAAUCAGAUGUAGUUUUUGCUUGCCCCUAUUGUCCAGAGACAAGAAAAAGAGGUUUUUCUUUUAAGGAUCUGUUGCAACAUGCAAAUGGAAUAGGAAGCUCAAACUCUACGAAGCGAACUGCAAGAGAUACGGCGAACCAUCUUGCAUUGUCCAAGCGCUUGGAAAAUAAUGUAGCAGGUUCUGCCUGUUCAGCAAAAUAUUAUGAAGACUCGAGGAGUGGAAAUCACUCUCUUAAGAUAUCAAAUAUGGCCUUUGCUUGUCCCUAUUGUCCGGAGACAAGAGAAAGAGUUUUUUCUUAUAAGGAUCUCUUGCAGCACGCAAAUGGAAUAGGAAGCUCUAACUCUUUGAAGCGAACUACAAGAGAUAAAGCGAACCAUCUUGCAUUAGCCAAGCGCUUGGAAAAAGAUGUAGCCGGUUCUGCCAGCUCAUCAAAAUCUUAUGAAGAGUCUAGGAAUGUAAAUCACUCUUUUAAGCUAUCAAAUAUGACUUUUGCUUGCCCCUACUGUCCAGAGACAAGAAACAGAGAUUUUUCGUACAUAGAUCUCUUUCAGCAUGUAUAUUCAGUGGGAAACUGUAACUCUAUAACGCGAACAGCAAGUGAUAAGGCCAACCAUCUUGCAUUGGCCAAGUCCAUGGAAAAUGAUUUAGCAGGUGCAGCUGGUCCAUCAAAAUCUUAUGAAGAGAUGAAGACUGGAAAUCACGCUCCUAAGAUACCAGAUAUGGCUUUUGCUCGUGCCUAUUGUCCAGAGACGAGAAACAGAGAGUUUUUAUACAAGGAUCUCUUGCAGCAUGCGAGUGGAGUAAGAAAUGGUAACUCUAAGAAGCGAACUGCAAGAGAUAGUGCCAACCAUCUUCCAUUGGUCAAGCACUUGGAAUAUGAUGUAGCAGGUCCAUUGAAAGCUUAUGAAGAGUUGGAGAGUGGGAAACAAUCUUUUAACAUAUCAGAAAGGGCUUUUGCUUGUGCCUAUUGUUCAGAUACAAGAAACAGAGAUUUUUCGUACAAAGAUCUCUUGCAGCAUGCAGUAGGAGUAGCAAGCUGUGACUCUAAGAAACGAACGGCAAGAGAUAAGGCCAACCAUCUUGCCUUGGCCAAGCACUUGCAAAAUUUUGGCACAUAUUUGGAAAAUGAUGUAGCAAGUGCUCCCAGUACAUCAAUUUCUUAUGAAAAAAUGAAGAGUAAUCACUCUUUUAACAAUUCAGAUGUCGCUUUUGCUUGCCCCUAUUGUCCAGAGACUAGAAACAAAGAUUUUUCAUAUAAGGAUCUCUUGCAGCAUGCUGGCGGAGUAGGAAGCUGUAACUCUAAGAAGCGAACUGCAAGGGAUAAGGCUAACCAUCUUGCAUUGGCCAAGUACUUGGCAAGUGAUGUAGCAGGCGGUGCUAGUUCAUCAAUACCUUAUGAAAAGUUGAAGAGUGGAAAUUACUCUUUGAACAUACCAGCUGUGGCUUACACUUUUGCCUAUUGUCCAAAGAAAAGAAAGCGAGAGUUUAUGUAUAAGGAUCUCAUGUUCCAUGUGAGGGAAGUUGGAAGCUGUAGCUCCAACAAGCGAACUGCAAUAGAUAAAGCUAACCAUCUUACAUUGGCCAAGUACUUCGAAAAUGAUGUAGUACUUGCUGCCAGUCCAUCAAAACCUGAUACUCUAGGUGAUCCUCAGGUUGAUACUCUUGCAGAUUAUGACCGUGCUGAGAUAUUUGUAUGGCCGUGGAUUGCAGUUGUUGUGAAUCUUCCCACUGAAUUUAAGGAUGGACGCUAUGUAGGAGAAAGUGGUUCCAAUCUGAAGGAUCAGUUGAUAAGGAGAGGUUUCAAUCCAACACGAGUGCGCACUCUAUGGAAUGACCUAGGCCAUUCUGGAAUUGCUCUUGUUGAAUUCAAGAAAGAUUGGUCUGGGUUCAGUAAUGCCAUAUUAUUUGAGAAGGCCUAUGAGGCCGACUAUCAUGGUAAGAAGGAUUGGGAAGCCAGUAAUGGCAAAAGGCCUGAUCUUUAUGCUUGGAUAGCUCGAGCUGAUGAUUAUCAGGCUACUAAUGUUGUUGGUGAAAAGCUCCAGAAAUUUGGAGACCUUAGAACCAUUUCUAAUAUCAUGGAAGAAGAAUCUAGGAAGACUCGUAAGCUUGUUUCUAGUUUGACCAAUGCCAUUGAAGUCAAGAAGUUGAACUUAAAGAUGAUAGAGGACAAAUACCAGGAGACUUCCCAGUCUGUCGAACAGUUGAUUGUGGUGAAUGCUAAACUUCGUCAAUCAUACAAUGAAGAAAUAAAAAAGAUCCAGUCAAGUUCACGUGAUCAUUUCCAGCAGACAUUUAUUAAUCAUGAAAAGUUAAAAUUACAAUUGGAAACUCAAAAAAAGGAGCUUGAACUCCAACAUACAGAAUUGCAGAAACGUGAGGCCCAAAAUGAAAGUGAUAGGAAAAAAAUGUCCGAAGAUCUUGAACAGAAUGCUAUCCUAAAAACCUCCCUUAGUGCUGUGAUUGAAGAGCAAAGGAAUGUUGAUGAAAAAUUACCGAAAUUGGCAGAAGAACUGAAGAAACAAAAGGAGGAACUCCAUAAGAGAAUUAUUAAGCUUGAGAAACAACUUGUCGCGAAACAAGCAGGGGAAAUUGAAGUGGAGCGAUUGCGAGUGACUAUGAAGCAGAUUGAAGAAGAGGCCAAUCAGGAAGUUCUGCAAAAAGUUGACACACUGCUUAUGGAUUUAAGAGAAAAGGAAGAAAAAUAUGAAGAUCUAGUGGCUUUGAACCAAACCUUGAUUGUGAAAGAACGAAAGAGCAAUGAUGAGCUGCAGGAAGCACUUAAAGAAUUGGUUAAUGGUUUGAAAGAAUUACCUAGAAAUGGUCCUAUUGGUGUUAAGAGGAUGGGAGAGCUCGACAGCAGACCAUUUCUUGAAGCAAUGAAGAGGAGAUAUAAUGAGGUAGAAGCAGAGGAGAUAGCUUCUGAGUUGUGCUCGUUGUGGGAGGAGUACCUUAGAGACCCUGAAUGGCAUCCCAUUAAAGUCAUUUCCAUAAAUGGGAAACAUCAGGCUGUAAUUGAUGAUGAAGAUGAAAAGCUGAAAGGCUUGAAGAAAACUUACGGUGAGGAAGUGUAUAAAGCUGUCACAACUGCUUUGACUGAGAUUAAUGUAUAUAACCCAAGUGGAGGAUACAUCAUCUCUGAGCUGUGGAAUUAUGAAGUUGCUGAGAAAGCUACUUUACAGGAGGGAGUUACUGUGUUACUAAACCUAUGGAAAAAGAAAAUGACACUCGACUGAACUUUGGAUGCUUCAUUGAGCUUUUCCUAACGUUCUUUAGGUUAACGCAGCUUCACACUUGCAUUGUCAUGUACAGUUGCAUUUUAUCUUGAGAAGUUAUAAGAGGAGCACAAACAUGUCAUUUAUCUAUCCAGGGACAGACAAUUAAAGUGGAGAAUUGAAAAAUAUGGAGUGUAAGCUGGGGAGGAGGACAAGCUCGAGCUGCUUAAAGCAGGUGAGUUGUUUUGUAAAUUUAAGUGUGUUACGCUUGUUCUGUAGAUAGAUUAGAUGAAUUUGAAUAGAGAUGCUGCAGCACUAUAGUUCUUGUUGCUGGUUGGUGCUCUAGGUGCCCGUUAAAUGAAGGCUCCGAUCUUAUCACAUAUUGUUAUUCAAUACUGUGGAUGACUUUUCAUUCGACUAAGUAUAGCUUAGCUUAUUGGUAUUUGAUCAAGCACGAAAUGCAUUCUUGAAAGCAAUACUAUGUGAAGAAGAUUAGAGUAUUUGAUAAGAGUGAGUAAAACGAUGAGUUGAUUGAUAAUUAAUCAAAAUUGAUUUAGUAGCAUAAGUUCAAGCCUUCAAGGCAUAUACAUAGAUAUCUUUGACAUUUUGUUUCAUACAAUAACGGUCAGAGGACCUAUUGAUAGAAAAUGUAGCAGAGAAGAAGACAACCAAGAAACGAACUAAAAUCCGGAAAAGUAGAUGUUAAGCACCAGCCAAAGAGUUGAGCAAGAAUGAUCAACAACAUUGAAGCCGAUACAUUCCAUAGUUGCGAUUGGAAGAGAGAGACAUAAAUCUUAUCUUUUUAGUUCUUAAAAUUUCUGUUAAAGUUUGUUCAAUAGCAUAGAGUUUUGGUGGGAAGUCAAACAUGGGCAUACUACUUUAGCAAUAGAGAGGUACUAUCAUUUUUGUUCUUACAUUUUCUAUAUUAUUUUAGUCUUGUUGGAGAUUUAUAGGUCAAUAGAAUAUGUAGAGAACCUUUUUCUAAUAUUUGAUUCCGAGGUGAUCAAGCCAUUAUUGCUGGUUAUUAUUAGUGCUUUUUCCAUCUAUUUUCGGCUCUUACGAUGCUGAUAUUAUUUUUUUGGCUUCUGUUGUUGUUACUGAUGUGCUUUCUCUUUUCGUCUUCUUUGAGUCAAGGAUCUAUACUUCUCCGGGGCAGGGUAAGGUCGGCGUACACACUACCCUCCCCCAGACCCUACUUGUGGUAGUUUACUGGGUUGUUGUUGAUUCAGAGGUGAUCAAAUGGAUCAUUAGCCAAUCACACCAAGAAUGGAAUUGAGGUGUCUUUGCUAAUUUGUGAUUGUUAUUUUUAUAUAAUAGCAAUAAAUCACUUGGGAAAACUUUGGUAUAAAAGUUGAAGGCAAGGCUGCUACCAGUAAUUCUGUAGUCAACAAUGGUUUACAGAAUGCUUUUCUUGAUAUUUCUGGAAUUGUUAGGCAUUAUCAAUAUCAACUGCAAAGUGUUUCCUUAGCUUCUUCUCCUUCAACUCCACUUCAAUGCACUCUAUAAACUCUGUUCAUUCUA